AUGACCAAAUUAUUUCAACAGCUGUGCGAUAGGGCUCAAAGUCAUAUUCUCAAAGCGAAGUGGCAACAAAAACACUACGCAGACGCUCACCGCCGCGAUGUCCAAUACAACCCAGGAGAUCGGAUAUGGAUCAGCAGCCGCCACCUCCCGGGGCUCAAUCAGUGCCCCAAGCUAGAGCCCCGGUUCCGUGGACCCUUCACAGUCUUAGAACGCAUCGGUCAAGUCGGUUACAGCAUCGAGCUCCCGCCAACUUAUCCAUGUCAUAAUGUAUUCCACGUGUCUCAGCUUGUCCCCGACCGCCCACGCGAUCCUCAGAUGCAGUCUAAAGAAGCCGCCGUUGGAUGGUUACCGAUAACGGGCCCGGAUGGCGCUCCCACCGAUACCUAUGAGGUGGACUACAUUCUCAACCAACACGGUUCGGGAAAGGAUAUCCAGUACCUCGUUAAGUGGCGAGGCGCUCCUGAGGACCGCGCAACCUGGGAGCCAGCCGCCAAUCUUACCAGCUAUUUCAAGCGUGCAAGGGACAACCAGAGAAGACCUCAGGAUGUCGCCUCUAGCUUCGCGCAUACUACUGCAGCAGGGCCUUCAUCGCCGAGGUUUUUCUCGCGAGGGGGGGAAGGGGUGGCGCGGCACUAUCCGGCAGCCGCACCACUCAGAGCACAAGACAGCCUAAAGGAGCCGGAGAGAGAUACAUCGCUGGGAAGUACGGUGGACUCUGAAGCGGAACCCGAAAGGCGUACCAGCAGAGAAGUAGAAGAUGAGGGCGUGGUACCAGAAACGAGGAAGUAA